UCUCCGAAAGCUGACGUGUAAAAAUAUUUGUUGAAAAGCCGGAAAAUACCAAAGGAAUCUUUUAAAAUGACUUCUCUUAUGUCUGUAAUCCCGAAAUUGUAUCAAGAAUAUACUACAAAAACUUCCAAGAAGUUAAAGAUCAUCGACGCCUAUUUAUUAUACGUGUUCCUCACCGCGGUCAUACAAUUUGUGUAUUGUUGUCUGGUCGGCACUUUUCCCUUCAAUUCAUUCCUUAGCGGCUUCAUUUCCACCGUCAGCUCAUUUGUUCUUGGAGUGUGCUUACGGUUGCAAGUGAACCCCGAAAACAAGCAGGAGUUCCAGGGCUUGAGCGCGGAGCGUGGUUUUGCCGAUUUUAUUUUUGCGCAUCUCGUCCUUCACAUCGUCGUCAUCAACUUCAUAGGAUAGGCCAAAAUUCACAAAAUAAUGUUCUAAUCUUUAUAAUAUAAUAAAUGUAAUAUUACAUUACCACAAAACUGGA